CUUCGCUGCCGGAGUCCGCGGGAGCGGGCCUUGAACCGCGUUUCGGUGGCGACGGUGCUUGGUGUAUAAUCCAGAAAUCUUCCACAAUGCUGGAGUCCUAUGUGACUCCUAUUUUAAUGAGUUAUGUGAAUCGCUACAUUAAGAACUUGAAGCCCUCAGAUCUACAGCUGUCACUAUGGGGAGGAGAUGUGGUUCUUAGCAAACUUGAAUUGAAGCUGGAUGUACUUGAACAGGAACUGAAACUACCAUUUAGUUUUUUAAGUGGACAUAUUCAUGAAUUACGAAUCCAUGUACCAUGGACAAAACUAGGCUCAGAACCAGUUGUCAUCACUAUCAAUACAAUGGAGUGCAUUUUGAAACUAAAGGAUGGAGUCCAGGAAGACCAUGAAAGCAGUGGUUCCAGUUCAACGAACCUCAGUACCACAGAGAGUGCAAAAUCAUCAGUGAAACCACGACGAAUCCAGCAAACUUCUCCUUCUGAUCCUGAUUUACCGCCAGGUUACGUGCAGAGUUUGAUUAGGCGUGUUGUAAACAAUGUCAACAUUGUGAUCAACAAUCUCAUAUUAAAGUAUGUGGAGGAUGAUAUUGUUCUCUCAGUCAAUAUCACUUCUGCAGAAUGCUAUACAGUGGAUGAAUUUUGGGAUCGUGCAUUUAUGGACAUCUCUGCAAAUGAUCUGGUACUAAGGAAAGUGAUUAAUUUUUCUGACUGCACAGUAUGUCUUGAUAAGAGAAAUGCUAGUGGAAAAAUUGAAUUUUACCAGGACCCUCUCCUUUACAAGUGUUCCUUCAAAACUCGUCUGCAUUUUACUUAUGAUAAUCUUAAUUCCAAGAUGCCAUCUGUUAUCAAAAUUCAUACAUUAGUUGAAAGUUUGAAGCUUUCCAUCACUGAUCAGCAGCUCCCUAUGUUUAUACGCAUAAUACAACUUGGGAUUGCUCUUUACUAUGGAGAAUUGGGAAACUUUAAAGAAGGAGAAAAUGAAGACCUGGUUUGUCAUACCAAAGAUAUACUGGGAAACAUCUCAGGUGUAGAAGAUGAAACAGGUUCAGAUAUGCAAUAUUCUACCCAGUAUAUUAACCAAGAACCCUACAUGCGUCAAGAUGAUGAUCAGCAGCAGGGAUGGGUUUCCUGGGCCUGGUCUUUUGUUCCUGCUAUUGUGAAUUAUGAUGAUGGAGAUGAUGACUAUACUGGAACAGAAGGUGGAACAAUACUGCAUCAGCAGAAAUCCCAGGCCCUUAAGGAUCCUAUUGUUUCUAUUGGGUUUUACUGCACAAAGGCAACUGUGACUUUCAAGCUUACUGAAAUGCAAGCUGAAAGUAGUUAUUAUAGCCCUCAGAAAGUAAAAUCCAAAGAAGUUAUACUUUGGGAGCAAGAAGGAACCACAGUUGAGGCCCUUAUGAUGGGAGAGCCUUUCUUUGACUGCCAAAUAGGUUUUGUUGGUUGCCAAGCUAUGUGUCUUAAAGGAAUUAUGGGAAUUAAAGACUUUGAAGAGAAUGUGAACAGAAGUGAUUCGAGAUAG